UAUAUAUAUAUAUAUGGUAUAGAUUUCCCAGAACCCGAAAAAAAAAAAAACAGAGCCAAAAUAUGAUGGAAGCAGUGCAAGAAGACAUCGUGAUUGUGGGAGGUGGAAUUGCUGGCCUUACAACAUCCUUAGGACUUCAUAGGCUGGGCAUUCGAAGCUUAAUAUUGGAAUCCUCGGAUGGUUUGAGGAUCACAGGAUUUGCCUUAGGGACAUGGACAAAUGCUUGGAAGGCCUUAGAUGCUCUUGGCCUUGGUGACUCCCUCCGAGCAAAUCAUCAACGGAUUUCUGGGAGUGUGGCUAACUCUACAACAAUUUCAUUUCAAGCCAAAGGCCACGAAUUUCGUUCUCUUCAAAGGAAGCUGUUGUUGGAAGCCCUUUCAAACGAACUCCCAAGUGGCACCAUUAGGUUCUCUUCCAAGGUGGUUUCUAUAGAGGAAUCAGGCUUCUAUAAACUUGUGCAUCUUGCAGAUGGAACCAUUCUCAAAACCAAGGUGUUGAUCGGGUGUGAUGGAGUGAACUCGGUGGUGGCAAAGUGGCUGGGCUUCAAGAAUCCGGCCUUCACAGGGAGAUGUGCCAUCAGGGCCUGUGUAGAUUUCAAGUGCAGUCAUGGGAUUGGGACCAAGUUCAAGCAGUUUUUUGGGAGAGGUUGUCGAUCUGGUUUUGUUCCUCUUGAUGAUACCACCGUCUAUUGGUUUUUCACGUGGACUCCGUCUUCCUCUAGCCAAGAAAAAGAGAUAGAAGACAACCCGGCUGAAAUGAAGCGACUUGUGUUAAGCAAGCUAGAAAACGUGCCUGAUGAAAUAAGGGGUAUUAUUGAAAACACUAAUCUGGAUGGAAUUAUAUCAUCCCCAUUAAGGUACAGACAUCCAUGGGAGCUUCUUUGGGGAAAUAUCAGCAAAGACAAUGUCUGUGUGGCCGGUGAUGCACUCCAUCCCAUGACCCCAGAAAUCGGCCAAGGUGGUUGUGCUGCCUUGGAAGAUGGUGUUGUCUUGGCAAGGUGUCUUGCUGAGGCGUUAUUGAAAGAACCAAGUGGGGAGAAAGGUGAUAGAGAGGAAUGUAAAAGGAUUGAAAUGGGGUUGAACAAGUAUGCCAAGGAGAGGAGGUGGAGAAGCAUUGCGCUCAUUAGUAUAGCUUAUAUGGUUGGCUUCAUCGAGCUGGGUGAUGGAAAAAUGAUGUACUUCUUAAGGGAUAAAGUUUCUGCGUACAUACCUGGGUUGAAGUUGAAGAUGGCUGAGUUUGAUUGCGGGAAGCUUAGCAUUUCAUAAAUGCAGCCAUAUGCGUAUCUAUGUACCAAAGGUAAAGUAAUUUUUGUUUAUAAUAAUGGGUGUGAUGGGUUGUUACCCAUAUGUUUUAAAGCAAUGUAAUUGAAGUGUAGAAGAAUCUCUCUC